AGACCUCACCAGUACAAUUCGCGCCGUUAGGAGUGCCACGUCGUCUGCCAGAAAGAAUAACCGCGCGGUCAUACCAUAUUAUUAUUUGUUGGUUUAAUUUAAUAGUUUUGUGCUGUGAAUUAGCAAAUUAGUCAAUCAAUCAUGGAUUGUGGAUCUAGUUGCAUUAAAUAUCUUCUUUUCAUCUUCAACUUUAUUUUUGUGUUAUGUGGACUUGCAUUACUGAUACCCGGCAUCCUGGUGGAAACCAACCUCGGUUCAAUCGAUCAGGCGACAGCUGAAUCGAUCGGACAGAUUGAAGGGGCUGCAAUUGCAAUCAUUGUCAUUGGCAGUAUUAUCUUCGUCAUUGCAUUCUUCGGCUGCUGUGGCGCAAUCAGGGAGAGUCACUGCAUGGUUGUUACUUAUGCUGUUCUACUAUUGACAAUUCUGGUGAUUCAAGUUGGUAUUGCAAUUUGGGCAUUCGUUUCACUGAAAAAUGUUGAAGCCAGCACAUUGACGAAUUCAUUGAAGACCCCAGUCAACAACUACUGGCGUGAUGAGAAUUCACGUCUUGAAAUGGACUUGAUUCAGGAAACGUUACACUGUUGUGGAGCUAAAGGUCCUGAUGACUGGUCGAGUGGAUCGUUGAAUGGAUCAAUCCCUUGGUCGUGUUGCAAAGUUGAGAAAGAAAACAAACACCAAUUUUGCAAUGAGAGAGGUAAAGAGCCUUACAGCGUUGGUUGCGGCGAGCAACUCAGUGAGUUCUUGAAAUUGAUUGGAAAGGGACUGGGUGGAAUAGCCCUUGGAAUUGCUGGAGUUGAGCUUCUCGGCAUCAUCUUCGCCCUCUGCCUAGCCAACUCAAUACGAAACGAAGAUCGUCGUAAUUACAGAGUGUAAAUUCCCGAAGUUGAAAAAUCCCGAGUUCAAAAUUGAGAAAAAACUACUGAAAACUGCAAAAAAAAUUGGUUCCUCAAAAAAUCAACAUUUUCAUUCGUUUUUUUUUUUUCAUUCAAACAUAUUUGGAAACUACUCUUUGUUUACAUAGAAUAAAAAUAUUUUUUCAUGUGAAAAAUAAGUUCAUUCAAGUGAUGAUUAAAUUAAGUGAAUAAUUUAAGAAAACACUCUUUGAUAUAUUGUCAUUAUUUAUUAAGAUCUGUUUUCCUUAUUUGAAAGAAAUUUAACUUACAUCUAAAUUUUGUUUUCUCUAUUAUUAUACCUAUUAUACAUUCCUAUAUACAUUUUUCUCUCUCAUCAAUUUAUCUUUUUUCGAAUUACACAUUCAAUUUAAUAAUUAGUAGUACCUUCCAAUUGCACUCGAUAGUAAGUUGAAAAGUGCCAUUUUUUUACAAUAGGAAAAAAAAGGGAAAACAAAUCGUGAAAAUUAAAAUGAAAUAAAAUAAAGGAAAAAUACAUUUGUUGAAGCCUAAGAAUAAAUUAAACAUAGUUCGUUUUA